AUGGAGUCGUCCUUGGCGACGUUGAGGAGGAGGGAUCCAACAAAGGCAUCGCCGGCGCCGGUGGUGUCGACGGUGUUAACGGAGUACCCUCGCAGGGAGCCCUUGAAGUCCUUGGUGAAGUACCUGCAUCCCUUCUCGCCGUCGGUGACGACGAGCAGCUUGAGGCCGUCGAACCAGAGCGUGAGGACGUUCUUCUCGUCAUGGGCGUCGCCCUGGGUGAGGAAGGCCACCUCCUCGUCACUCACCUUGAUGAAGUCGGCCUCCUUCCAGAUGCUCAUGAUGCCGUCGCGUGCGGCCUGGGCAGAGGGCCAGAGCGGGAGGCGCACGUUGGGGUCGUAG